AUGACCUUCCAUCCUCCGCAUCUCAGGCUAUACUUGCUAUGCCAGAAGAGGGUUACACUCAAAUGGGCUGGUCACUUCUUUAAUGCGUUUCAUCGGGACAACAAAAUACUGAACGCUAUCAAAGACACAGAUCCACCCAUGGUUCCUGCAUUCGACGACGUCACAGGUCAACCGAGCACGUCACGAUCACGCGAAGCUAUACCCAAUGUAGACGGCAUCGUGAGAUUCAAGUUUGACUACGCUGGUCCCGACUCUGGCAAGACGGUGCCAACCCAGUGGAUUGAGGUCGACGCACCACUGGCAGAGAAAGAAAUAUCAAUAUCCGCCUCUAGUGGGCAAAAGAUAACGGUCUGGAUGAAAGCUUAUGACGUAAUGGGGAACGAACAAGAGGAUAAAGCUUACAUAUAUGUGGACGAAACUCCCCCAGACGCAGAAUUCAAAAUGGUUGACAGCGACGGCAAUGAUAUGUCAAUGGAUGGUACCAUCAUGGACUUUGACAAUAACCAAAUCAUGAUGCAGGUCAGUGACGAGGAAAGUGGUAUUCACAAAAUUACGUGGGAAAUACGUGAUGCAGAAACCGGGACUAUUAUUUAUGCUGAAGGAGAGGUUACUGAGAAUAAACCGUCGGACGGAAAUUGUCCUACCUCUGAAUGCGAGUGUUUGGACAUAGCUGAUAUAUGUUACUAUAGUGUUUACAUCAUCAGUACUGAGAGUGCUACCAUGAUGGAAAUGCCCGACGGCGACGUUGAAUGUGUGAUGAAAAUAAUUGUAUACAAUAAUGCUAUGAUUGAAACACCAAUGGAAAUGACGUUAAUGGCUCGCGCUCCAAGCAAACGUGUCGGUGGCAGUGGAGGCGGGAGUGCUGGUGCCGUCGCUGGGGGCGUUAUUGUCGUUAUUAUUAUCAUACUUAUCAUUGUUGCCGUUAUAAUUCUGUGGCGAAAAAACAUGCUACCUAAGUUUUUCAAUAGAGGCCCACCUAUUACCAGAGCAUCAGAUUGGAGUGCAUCAGCACAGAAUCUCGGGAAUGUAAACUACCAGUAUGAUCAUGGGGAAGAGGGUGAAGUUAAGGCAGCAAAAGGUCAGCUCCCACCACACACAACAAACGACUACUCCGUCAUGCCAACGAUUAAACCGAAAUUCGACGCAGGCGCGGCAUUAACCGUUGAGGAAAUGGAAUUUCCUUCAUCUAGGAUCCAACUGCGAGAGCUUCUUCAUUCAGGAGUGUAUAAAGCUAAUGCGUCCAGUAUUAGUGGCAUCCCAGGGACUUCCAGUGUACUUGUAAAGACCUUGAAAGAUCCCAACAACAGGUCUCAGCGGGAAAUGCUUCUACACGAAUUAGACAUCAUGUUGACUAUCAUCCCUCACGAUAACGUCAUACGUUUGCUGGGCUGCAUCACCACCCGGGGGACUCCCAAGCCGAGCAUCAUCAUGGAAUUCGCACAAUAUGACAACUUGUCACAAGUUUUACGCCGCAGCCGCCAAUCGAAUCCUGACCGUCCGGACGACGUAUACGGUAACCUGUUUGAGGGCAGUGACACCUUGACGUCACAGAAACUGCUGCUAUUCUCCGAACAAGUAGCCAGCGGCAUGGAGCAUGUCAGUAGCCUAGGCAUCAUUCACCGUAAACUUGGCGCAAGAAACGUAUUUGUGGGUAAUAAUGAAAUCUGCAAAAUUGGUUCGUUCUCUAAAGCUAUUCAAACUGACAAACGGGAAGUGAAAGACAAGCAAGAGACCCGUCUGCCGAUUCGUUGGAUGGCUCCAGAGUCUCUUAGCAACCACAUUUUCUCGUUCAAGACAGAUGUCUGGUCCUUCGGAAUUUUGUUAUGGGAGAUUGUUACCUUAGGUGCUUUACCUUACCCCGGAAUGAAGAACAAAGAAAUCACCGAAAAAGUUGCUAAGGGUUACCGUAUGGAAAAACCACCUCAUUGUACCCAGGAACUGUUCACUGUGAUGCUUCGUUCUUGGAACAAGAACAUAGAACGGCGUCCUGGAUUUGGCGAACUGGUUCAAGAAAUCAGAUACAUUAAUAGACAGGAAGAGGUUGUCAACCUGAACCAAUACGACAGUGAACUCUAUGGUGAUAUCAAUGAUAUGUAA